GCACGCGCAGUACUCAAGGACUUUUAAUAUGAUUCCCGUUUUCGCCGUUUAAUUAAUUUCCUUUUUGUGUUUUAUUUAUUUUCGAAACUGCUUGAAACGAAAAAUGUGCUUGUGAGAGCUCCCCGGCCGCCCGACCGCGACAACCCGUGCCUACGUCCCGCCUCUCGCCCGCCAGGAACUUAUCAACGAACCAAAAAACUCCCUCGGAUGACAUUCAUUUGAUACCUCUCAAGCUGUAAGUGCUCGAAGAUGGCAGUGAAGCAGAAAGUGGUCGAAUGCGUCGCCCAGAGCGCGGAAGCCAGGCUCCAGCUCAUCCUGCGGACCCUUCAGGACCUCACAGCGCAAGGACUCCAGGAUAAAAUGUGCGCGAAUAUCGUGAUCAGUUUGGGGACGAUCCACGUACCUACGGACCCCAGCAACUACAAGCAGUUCAUUUCUAGUAUAAAGAGCGUCCAGGAGAUCCUCACGAAGGAAUGUAUGAAGUAUGACAUGAUUUACGUGACGCUGAGGUCGCUCUAUCACGAGAUCUCCACCUCAGAGAAGCCUUUGUCUCCCGCCAUGUCGAUAGUUCUGCAGCUGAUCGAGGUCAAGUACAUUCCCACGGCCGUGGAUUGGAUCCUCCAAGCCGGCUACCCCGUCGAGAAUUUAAAGCGUGCCCUCCAGACCCUCUGCAACUGGUUGACGAAAUGGACGUGGACCGAGAACCUCGGCCCUCUCGUCCUCACCUUCAUGCAAGGCCUGGAAGCCCAGCAGAACUACGACAUCCUCUCCGACGUGACCGUCGCCACGAUCGAGCCCUUCUUCAAGCUCCUCAUCUUGGCCGAGCACCGCAAGAGCGUGGGCCCCAUCGUCCUCUACAUGCUCUCCUCGAUGCUGACACCAACCCAGAACAACCCCGAGGCCUUCCACAAAAUAAUCCCCCACAUCUCUAGUGUAGUAACCCACUUGUAUAAAGAAAAAUCCGAAUCUAGUCUAACGUACUUACGGGAUAUAGUAAACGUGAGUGUUUUCCUCAUGGAACAUUUCUCCGAGUGUUCAAACCUCUACGUCUCGGUAAAAAAGGACCUCGAGCCGUACCUGCCCACCUCUAACUACAAGCAAGCUUUAAGUGAGCGAGCGUGGCUCGAGGGGAGCCAGGCCCUCACCACGAUCUACGCCUCUUCAGGGAAAGUCGGUUUGAAUAAUCUAGGCAACACGUGUUACAUGAAUAGUGUUCUACAAGCGCUGUUCAUGACGAAGCCGUUUAGGAACGAGAUUCUCCUGCACAAUAAGGACAUGACGCCGCUGUUGUUGAAGUUGCAGACGUUGUUUGCGUUGUUGCAGCAUUCGAAAAGGUCUUCCAUGUCUCCGACGGAUAUUUCGAAUCUGGCGAGACCGCCGGGUUUUCUGCCGGGGCAUCAGCAUGACAGUUCGGAGUUUUUGGGUUAUUUGUUGGACGUUUUGCACGAACAGGAAAAGACUGCUAGUUGUGGUGACGAAGCUAAAUCAGGAUCCCCUUUUCAUCCGAGAACACAUUCCGAGGUUGCACUCCACAACGCCACACGUGUCCUCUAUUCUGAUGACGUCACACCCCAUGAUCAAUCCUACAACACCAUCGUCCAGACGGCCUUCGGCGGGCGCACCGUGUCCGCCUCCCGGUGCGGCGAGUGCGACACCAAGAGCGAACGCGUGGACAACUUCUGGGAGCUGCAGCUCUCCUUCCCGAACAACUCGGCCAACCAGUCCGUGCAGACCCUCCUCGACUACUACCUCCAGCCCGAGAAGCUCAGCGGCGACAACCAGUACCACUGCGAGGUGUGCGACUGUCUCACCGACGGCGAGCGCGUCACCUGCAUCGAGGAGGCGCCGCCUCGGCUCAUCCUCACCCUGAAGCACUUCCGGUACGACCAGGCCUCCCAGCAGCGCACGAAGCUGCUCCAGAGCGUCAAACUCGACAAUCACGUGCGGCUCGACUCCGGCGAGUACGAGCUGUACGCCGCGGUGGUGCACUGCGGCUCCAGCGUGGACUCGGGCCACUACUACACCUUCGCGAGGGACGGCGACGAGUGGUUCAAGUUCAACGAUUGCUCGGUCAUGCGGACUAUGUCGGAGGAGCUCUGCAGCCUGAAGCCGCCCGAGACGCCCUACAUCCUGUUCUACAGCCGGCAGGACUGCUCGGACCCCGAGGCGCUGCCGCGGACGCUGCUGGCGCCGCGCCUCCAGGUGGUCAUCAACAACGACCACUCGGAGUUCGAGCUGGAGAAGCGGCGGCGGCCGGCGAAGGCGUACGGGGGCAAGCAGAACAGGGACGACGGGCCGCCGCCGCCGGGCUGCGGCGGGGCGGGCUUCUCGAGCAAUUCGACUAAUAUAUUCGGCCCAAACAAAUCCCUUUAAAAAUACUAAACAAUAAAUAGUUCUAAACUUACCACAAUAAACAUUGUUAUGGAGCAAUUUUUAAUAAAUAAUCUCCUUAAACUUAGAUUUAGUAAAAUGUAAACGGACUUUAAAUUUUGUUGUUAUAAUAAAAAUUGCAUUUUUUGUUUC